UCACCUUUAGCAGACAUGCCGGGGUCGUUAUACGAAAGUUCCAAUCUGGAUCGAGGCGGCAACAACAGGAAGAAGAAGAUAGAGGAAUUCUCUAGGUCUUCUCGGGAGAAAAUUGUCCAAUCCAAGAACAAAAUGUUCUCCAAAUUUACGUCAAUUCUCCAGCACGCAGUAGAAGCGCUCGCUCCAUCGCUACCACUGCAGGAGGACUUUGUCUAUCACUGGAAGGCCAUUACACAUUAUUACAUUGAAACAUCAGAUGACAAAGCGCCAGUCACUGACACCAACAUCCCAUCCCACUUGGAGCAGAUGCUGGAAAUUCUGACACAGGAGGAGCUAGAAAGGGAAUCUGGGGAGACAGGACCCUGCAUGGAGUAUCUUCUGCAUCACAAGAUCCUGGAGACGCUUUACACUUUGGGCAAGGCAGAUUGCCCUCCAGGAAUGAAGCAGCAGGUGCUGACUUUCUACACGAAGCUACUGGCGCACAUCCGUCAACCUCUUCUGCCGCACAUUAAUGUGCACAGACCAGUUCAGAAACUAAUCCGCCUGUGUGGGGACGUGCUUGCCGCUCCAACAGAAAAUGAAGAGAUUCAGUUCCUCUGUAUAGUUUGUGCCAAACUGAAGCAGGACCCAUAUCUUGUCAACUUCUUUCUUGAGAACAAGAGUAGGAGAAGUGAGAGCAAGAGUCCAGGUGGGACGGAUGGGCUGAAGGAUGGCAUGUUGGCUCCCGACACUGGUCAAGAACAUGUAGAAGGUAGUGAGGCGGCACAAGCUGCUGCUUCGGUCCCAAACCCAAGCAACAAUAACAACAAUAAUUAUAAUCUGGUGACCUCGCUGCUCAACCUUACAAAGAGCCCUGAUGGUAGGAUUGUGGUGAAGGCUUGUGAAGGCCUGAUGCUGCUGGUCAGUUUACCAGAACCUGCUGCUGCCAGGUGCUUAACCGAGAACACUGAGCUCUGUGAGCUUUUGACCGACAGGCUGGUCACCCUUUAUAAAGCCCUUCCACCAUCCAUGGACCCUUUGGACAUUGAGACAGUGGAGUCUAUCAACUGGGGUCUUGAUGUGUAUAAUGUGAAGGAGGAUACAGCAGUGUUUGCAGGGAAGAGGCCACUCAUCUCUUUCCUCUCUUGGCUGGAUUACUGUGACCAGCUCAUUAAAGAGGCUCAGAAGUCAGCGGCCUCUGUGAUGGCCAAGGCAGUGCGAGAGAGAUUCUUUGCGUGCGUUAUGGAACCGCAGCUCAUGCAGACGUCUGAGGUGGGCAUCCUCACGUCGACAGCGCUGCUAAACAGGAUCAUCAGGCAGGUGACGUCUGAGGCACUGCUUCAGGAAAUGGUUUACUUCCUGUUGGGGGAGGAGAAGGAGGCAGAGACUCCAUCUACGAUCACUCAGAAGCCCCUCAGACACCGCCUCAUCGAACACUGUGACCACCUUUCGGAUGAGAUCAGCAUCAUGACGCUGAGGCUUUUUGAGCAACUCAUCCAGAAGCCCAACCAGCACAUCUUGCACAGUUUAGCGCUGCGUAACCUGGAGGAAAGGAACUAUCUGGAGAACAAACCUCCCGAGGAGCGAGAGCCCAUUGAAAACGGCCAGCCUCAUGAUGCUGUUGACCUGGAGGAAGACCCUUUGUUUGGUGACGACCUCUCUCCAGACAGCAGGCUGUCCUCCGAUUGGCUCAGCCCCUCUCCGCCCCAGAGUCCGGACCACUACAAGUCAGACGGGAAAACCGAAGUCCACAAGAUUGUCAACAGUUUCUUGUGUUUGGUGCCCGACGAAGCAAAAUCGUCAUACUUUGUGGAAGGAAGCGGCUACGACACGUACCUCCGAGAUGCGCACAGACAGUUCCGAGACUAUUGUGGGGUCUGUCAGCGCUGGGAUUGGAGAGGAACCCCCAAAGCAUUUGAGAAAUGCAACUUGGAGCUCCCCUUCUUUGAGGGUCACUUCCUUAAAGUCCUCUUUGACAGGAUGGGGCGCAUCCUAGAUCAGCCGUACGACGUCAACCUGCAAGUGACGGCGGUUCUGUCCAAACUGUCCUUGUUACCGCACCCCCACCUGCACGAGUACCUGCUGGACCCCUACAUCAACCUGGCUCCCGGAUGCCGCUCUCUGUUCUCUGUUAUCGUCAGGGUGGUGGGCGACCUCAUGUUAAGGAUUCAGCGCAUCCCGGACUUCACCCCUAAACUACUCCUGGUCAGAAAGAGGUUGUUGGCCCUGGAGCCUGAAGGCGUCACUAUUGACCACGUGACCCUACUGGAGGGUGUGAUCGUUCUUGAGGAGUUCUGCAAGGAGCUAGCGGCCAUCGCCUUUGUCAAGUACCACGCCGCCGCCGCCUCUUCGCCGUAG